UAAAAUGGAAGAGAAACUUACUUCUAACACUUAUUAACAUUCAAAUACUCCCUAUUUUCUUUAAUUCGAUUAUUUUCUUUAAUUUGGUUAUUCUCACGAGCAACCAUUGACAAGGGAACACCAUUUAUUCAACACACCCAACAGUCGAAUCAUAAACAGAUUGCUCUACUUCAAAUCCGUUUCUUAUUUGAUUUUGUUUUCCUCUCUGGAUUCCUGAAUUCUGUUCAACAAUGGCGGGUUUAGCUAUUGUUUUGGAUCUAUUACGGAAAAAUUCGGCCACCAACACACCCCAAAGCCUCCACUCUUAUGGGGCUUUCUCCGCUGCCGCCGCCGCUGCCGGAACCCCUUUUGCCUUCAGAGCUUUCUUAGGUAAUUACAGAAUUCCAGUUGCUCAUUGUGAUGCCGGUGUUGAUGUGACUGAGGACUACUUCUCAAAUCUACAGAGUGCAUCAAGGAAAAUCUUUGAGCAUGAGUCUCUUCGAUACACUACAAAGGAGUACAACCUUGAGUUAAAGCCAUUAUUCUCUGCUUUUCAAUGGAGGAUGCUUGGUAUGACAACGUUAAGGUCGUUUUUGAUGUUUUAUUUGCCUCUUUUGGAGCCUCAUGCCAAGUUGGAAGACGAAGACGAUGAGGACUUUUUGAAUGAUAACCAAGAAGAGCAGAAAGUCGAUCUAGUUUCUCCCUUUAAAAAGUCCAUCAAGCAAAUAGUUCGUGAGACUACUGUUGUCACAACGAGACGCAUUUUAGAAAGAAUUUCUGUCCACUAUGCUUCGCAGCGAAUUGCAUGGAAGCUUCUUAAAGAUGUUCCCAAAUCUGCCGUGCGCAAGGCUGGACGAGGACUGCCUACUUCAGUCUACUUCUUCCGAGUUACCAGGACAACUUUCAGAGGACAUGCUCUAGGAGUUGCCGCUUCAUGGCUUGUCCAAGUCGGUAUUGAAAUCUACAGAUACGUUUCUGCAAAAGUAAAACCGAAAGAAGACGAUGGAGUUGACGAAACUGACAAAGUUAUAAUUUUAAGGAAGAAGAUUGCAGGUGCUACUCUCCGUUGUAGUGCAUCACUUGUUUUUGCUUCCAUUGGAGCAGGCAUCGGCGCCACCCUUUUCCGCCCAUCAGCAGGCCAGUGGAUUGGAUGUGCUGUGGGGGACUUGGCAGGACCUGUUAUUGUAACAAUUUUCCUGGAGAAAGGCUUGAACUUGGAUCUUUAACUUCUGGGGUAUAAUCUUCUGAUUGAUUCUUUGAAACUUUAAAUGGGAAUGUAUUGAUUUCUUUGAAUUUUCUACUGAUCCCCUGCUGACAGGCCUUUUUUAAUCAAGUCCUCAUACGUUAUUAAUGCAUAAACUUCAUUUCCUGCCCAAA